GGGCUUGGCAGGAAGCGUCGUUAGCCCCGGACCGGGCGAGCUGAGCUGUCAGGUCUCCUCAGUGAAGAUGGCAGGGAACAAGUCUUACACUAUAGUGGAAUAUUUCGGAGGAGAUGAUGGUUAUCGCUGCGGUUACUGCAAGAACCAGACCGGGAACUUUUCCCACGGGAUGUGGACUCACACCAUGACUGUGCAGGAUUACCAAGACCUGAUCGAUCGAGGAUGGAGAAGAAGUGGGAAAUACGUCUACAAGCCCAUCAUGAACAAAACGUGCUGCCCACAGUACACCAUCAGAUGUCACGCGCUGAAGUUUCAGCCUUCCAAAUCCCACAAAAAAAUCCUGAAGAAAAUGAGCAAAUUCAUCUCGAAAGGAGAAUUACCCAAAGGUCAGGAAGAUGGUGAGCCGAUGGAGUCUGUGUGUGAAGACGCCGGUCCACGGGAGCACGGUAAAAUCUGUCACUCGGAUCUGAAGUGUGCUGUCGUCACAGACCUUCAGAAGGAAGCCGCAGAGUGUCUGACGAUCACAGACGCUCAGAAGAAGGACGAAGCUGACGCUGCACCGACCGGCUCAGAGACGUCCAGGAAGGAUCCGGUGUGUGUACCUGAUGGACGAACGACAGCUGCCGCUCCUAAACCAGGAACGGGCGCUGACGCCAGCAGGCCGCCGUGUCGGAAGGCCAAAGACCUGAGGAAGGAGCGCCGUCUUCAGAAGGAGCAGACGAGACAACUCGCGGAUGGAGCCUCCCCCAUCGUCUCACCCACACCCACCACCCCCACCCAGACCAACCAGCCCAAACCUCUGGAAGACUUCAUGACCAAGUCGUUGCCUGAGAACUCGUCUCAUGGCCUCGAGGUGAGGCUAGUGCGCUCCAAUCCCCCUAGCCCGCAGUUCAAAGCCUCUUUCGACGCCUCCUACCAGGUGUACAAACUCUACCAGAUGGCCAUUCACAAGGACCCUCCUGACAAACCCUCCGAGAGCCAGUUCCGGAGAUUUCUCUGUGAUUCACCACUAGAGGCUGAAUAUUCUCCAGAUGGGCCUGAGGUUGGAUACGGAUCUUUCCAUCAGCAGUACUGGCUGGACGGGCGCAUCGUGGCGGUGGGGGUGAUCGACAUCCUGCCCACCUGUGUGUCCUCCGUCUACCUGUACUACCACCCAGACUUUGCCUCACUGUCUCUGGGCUCCUACUCUGCUCUCAGGGAGAUCUUGUUCACCAGGCAGCUGCAGAAACAGUCCCCCAAGCUGUCCUACUACUACCUGGGCUUCUACAUCCACUCCUGUCCCAAGAUGCGCUACAAGGGGCAGUACCGGCCUUCAGACCUCCUGUGCCCAGAAACCUUUGCCUGGGUACCGAUCGAGCGAUGCCUUCCCCAGCUGGAAAACUCCCGCUACGCUCGUUUCAACCAGGAUCCCGAUGCAGGAGACUCUCGGCUGCUGAAGGACAUCGCCCUGGUUCUGGUUCUCUACAGACGGACCGUCAUGCCGUACGGCGUAUACGCCCGUAAGCGUAAAGGCUCAAGCGACGAGGCGGAGGUGCAGCAGUACGCCGGGCUGGUGGGUCAAGACUGUGCUGAGAGGAUCCUGCUGUACCGAGCCUGAACACACACACACACACACACACACACACACACACACACACACACACACACACACACACACCAUGUCACACCUCUGCACCUUUUUUUUUAAUCUACAUGAACACACCUGCAUACCUCCCUGCUGUGUGUGUAUGUGUGUGUGUGUGAAGCGCUUCCUGCUGCCUCUCUCUGUAGUCUCAGCUGCUCACAGGUGGAACAACGAAGGAGCCGACCGCCGUCUGCUGAGUGUUUGUAUUCACACACGCGCUGCUUUCAUCAGCUGUCUUAUAUGUCAGUUUAUCCUGAAGCAUCAACCUUUAUCUCCUUCCUGUUCCAUUAUUUCUUUGGAUUUGACCUCCGCAGGGUGAGGUUGCCAAGAUGUCAGACUUUUUGAUACUUCGAUAUUUUUCAAGACCAGGUGUUUUUUAAACCAGCGUCAAAAUCAGCUUCAUUCAACUGUUUCCUGUUUGAGCGUCCUAUCAUGAGCAGCCAGAAAUGACGCCACUCCCACAGCAGCGCUCGUUAGCUUGUUGUACAAAGUGGAGCUAACGGAGCAUUAAUAAUACCCACAUCAUGAUUGACAUGUUGACCUUUGACCUGUCAACACCGGAGAAAAACUUUAUUCAGCUCACAGUGGGCCGUUUAUGACGAGCCUCUGAGUGUUUGAGUCACCAGCUCGUCAAUACAAAGCACCACACUUCAGUUUGUCCACCUUCAAAAUAAAAGCACCACAUGCUGUAAUGUUUGCAAGGGGAAAUGACAAUGACAGCUGUGAUUGGCUCCAACCCCCAGCGACCCUGAACGGGAAAAGUGAUUUAGAUGAUGGAUGGAUGGAUUGAAGUCUUCAAACAGAUAUCGUUAUUGUUUGAUUUUUAAAAGAAUCAUACCAAAGUUUCAAACUCUGAUGUCAUGACGACCCUCCCACCGGGAUCAGUCCCUUUAAUCCACUUUGAUCAUAUUAAAGCUUGAAUGCUGCAGAAGUGAUGCUGUUAAAUAAAGCUCCAGCUGCUUACGGCUUCAGCUCUCUGAACCCUCAGAGAUCAUUUAGUCCUCUCCAUGUUCACUACUCUGUUCCAGCUGCCACUCGCAGCACCUCAGUUAAUGUGAAGCUCAGAGCGUCUUUUUGUUCCUGUCUGAUGUAUUUAUGGCUUUAUUUGCUUUUCUUUUAAUAUCGACACUGUGUUUUUGAUUUGAAUCAAAUAAAGGGUUGUGUAUUCCCUGGUUGGA